AUGACUCAUCCUUCCCAACCACCUUCCGCACGCUCGACAAAAACGAGGCUCGAGCCCCGGAAGAAGGUCCAGCUGGCCUCGGAGCUCGGCCUGCAGCCGAGGCAGGUCGCGAUUUGGUUCCAGAACAAGAGGGCUCGCUGGAAGUCCAAGCAGCUCGAGAGAGAUUACAGCAUACUGUUGGCCGAUUACAAUAGCUUGGCCUCUCGUUUCGAAGCCCUGAAGAAAGAAAAACAGAGUCUGGUUCUUCAGUUGCAGAAGUUGAAUAAUGAUGUGAAGCAGCGGCCGCGAGAGGAAUCGGAGAAUGAAAAAGCGGCCAAAUCCGAAUCUGAAGCGAAACCGAGUUCGUCAAUUGAAAAAUCCGAACAUGUUUUGGGUGUUUUGUCGGAUGAUGAUAGUAAUAGGAAAGCAGAGUAUUUUGGACUAGAGGACCAGCAAGAGCUUCUAAACAUGAACAUGGCGGAACCCAAACCUGCCGAUAGUUCGCCGGAAAAUUGGGGAAGCUUGAACUCAGAAACUCUUUUCAACGAAUCUAGUGGCGGUUAUCAGUGGUGGGAUUUUUGGUCUUGAAUAAAAAAUAAUCAAAAUAUGAUAUGAUCAGUGCUUGAUGAAUUUUCUGAUGCAGAGUUUCUUUCCUUUUUGGGGGAGGGGGCUCAGAAUUGGUUAGUUUGGAGAAAUUUAUUAGUUGCCAAAAGGAGGUAAUUUUGGCUUGUGCGGAUUUGUCAACAAACCCAAUACUGCCUCUUCUCUUAUUGGGAAAUGAAAAUUGUAGUUCCUCGUGAAGAAUUAGAUUUAUGACCCCAGUUGAAAUAAAAAUAAUAAGGCAGCCGUUAGAUUAGCUAGCCUUUAGGACGCAUUCCGAGGAUGGGCUUUUUUUUUUUAUUUUUUUUUUUAUUUUUUAGUUUCUUAGUAUCAAUUAGAAUUUAGAAGUGUGUGUAUAUUUGCUUCAUGAGAAUUGAGAGAUUGUACAGAACUUUGAAGGGCCUUCUCUUUUUUGUCCUACUAUGUACUAUUAUCAUG